AUGCCGCGCCGAGGUGCAGGACGCUCAGAAGCGAGGAGCGACGAGGACUUGGAGAUUGAUAGUGCGAUUACCAGCCUGGUGAUUCGACGUCUGCCGCAACACAUUACCAUAGACAAACUCGUGGAGAUCCUAAGAGAUUCCUCGGAUGGUAGAUUCGACUUCGUGCACUUUCCGCGCGACCAGCAGACGGGGCUGAACGUGGCCUUGGCUUUCGUGAACUUCGUAGAUCACGAAGCUGCAGCGAACGCACUCCGGACCCAGCUGAUGUCUCGAAGAAGUGGUCGUCGUCCAUUAGGUCCAGCACGGAUCCGACCGGGGACCGUCCAGGGUUUGGGGCCAAACUUGGCCUACUUCAUCUCGCGGUUUGGCCUGGACGCUCUGGAAGGCCCCAGUGCGCCGCUCAUUUUCGAUAGGGGCCAACGUGUGCCGACACUGCUCACGCUGCGCAAGCACAUGACGCUGGAUAUGUUGAGGGAGCACAUAAGAGAUCCUGUGGUCAUGGCCACGAUCGGCAACCAGCUUUCGUGGAUGUUUCCCAAGCCUCCUUCAUCGCCGACGGCGGCAUGUGCUUCGGGCGAAGGCAUGACAACGAUGUCGCACGUCCAAGCCUUGCUUGAGGGCAACCGAAGUGAUGUCUCCAUCGUUAGUCCUGGGGAGCCUUCGAACUGGGAUGCUCUGGUUUCAAGCUCAUCGCCUGCUGAGGACCUCGGCGGCUCGUCGAAUCAGAGCGAGAUAGGCUCAGUUCCUGCCAGUUUGCCGGAUGCUGCCUUGGAGGACCUUCCGCGAUAUAGAGAAGGUGGGAAGACGGUCUUCCAGCUUUAG